GCAAACGCGCAUUUGUAGAAGAAAUUAUUCUCAUUUUGUAAUUUGUAUUUUACGUAGGUGCAUGUAGCCAAUGCCCAGUAGGCAGCCAGAUAGGCGUCUGAAUGUUGUGUUCUACGCAUGUGAUGAUUUAAUGACAACAUUUUUGUAUAAUAUUAAUUUGGUGAUUGCUUAUGAUUUUGUCUUGGACGUUUUUUUUGUAAAAAAUUAACAUUCGUUUUUUUCUCUACACGAAAUGUUUACAAAUACUAUUUCACUUGUGUGACUUAAUUUGUGCUACGGGCUUCUAAAAAUUAUUGCCUAUACAUCGGUUACUUCAGAGUUCAUCAUGCCGACGGACUCUGAAUGCGAGUGUGACUUAGUGACUAAGGAGUGGCUGCUAGCAAAGUUGCGAUCGGACGAGAGAGACACUAUCCUGAUUGAUUGCCGUGGAUCAAAUGAGUAUGCAGUGUCGCAUAUACGGUCAGCAGUAAAUUUCUCGAUACCGAGUAUAAUGUUAAGGAGAUUAGCGGCCGGAAAGAUAGAGUUGGCAUCAACCGUCCAGUGCAAGGAAUUAAAGGCGCGAAUUACACAUUGUUGUUCAAGAGGAACUUUUGUGCUGUACAGUGAUGGAGCAACUCGGGAACCUGACUCGGUGCAUGGCAUCUUGCUGAAACGACUUAAACAAGACGGAGUGCAAGUUGUGUGCCUAGAAGGUGACUUCACGGAGUUUCAUCGGACAUAUCCCGAGUGGUGCAGCGAAGCCGGCGGUCAGCAUCUACCUCACUUGCCACUCAUGGGACUGCGGUCGCUGCGCAUUUCGGGCGCGGGGUGUGACGAGGCGCUGUCUUCGGGAUCGUCUUCGGAGUGCGAAGAGACUCACGUGCCGCAAGAUUUCCCCGUCGAGAUCCUGCCCAAUCUGUUCCUCGGAAAUUCCGCUAACAGCGAGGACUGCGAGGCGCUCGCCCGUCACAACAUUAAGUACGUGCUCAACGUGACCCCCGACCUGCCAAAUACGUUCGAGCAGGGAUGCGGCAUCAGCUACCUCAAGAUCCCCAUCGCCGACCACUGGAGCCAGAAUCUCUCCGUGCACUUCCCGCAGGCCAUUCGCUUCAUCGAAGAGGCGAUGGCGGCCGGAUGCGGCGUGCUGGUGCACUGCGUGGCCGGCGUGUCCCGCUCCGUGACCGUGACGCUGGCCUACCUCAUGCAGCGGCACCGCCUGUCGCUGCGGGACGCCUUCGAGCUGGUGCGCUCGCGCAAGACGGACAUCGCGCCCAACUUCCACUUCAUGCGGCAACUGCACUCGCUGGAGCGGGACCUGGGCCUGCACGAGCGCUCCGCCCCUCUGAGUAAGGUGCUGGAGGAGACGGGCGCGCGUGAGCCGGCCGAGCGCUGCGGCUGCGUCGGCGCCGUCGGCGUCUCGCCCGACUCCGGCAUCGAGUUCGACCGCUGGAGCGCCGCGCGCGACACGCCGCGCUGACCCUUCGCCCCCCGACCCCCGCGCUCCCCGCGCUCCCCGAGGGACGCCUGUCCUCCGUGAGGACGCCUCGUCGCUUUUGUAUUUAGCCGAAGUCACUGGGUGACGCCGUCUGUUGCGCGGGAAGGCCGGAAGACGGAGCCAAUACUCAUGCGAUCGCGCAACUGCUACUCGCGAAGCGCGAUGUUUUGUGUUUCUGUAGUUUCUCUGAUGAGCCACACCUGCAGACCGUCCGGUUACAUUUCUCUGUGUCUUAAUCAUAUUCUAUUUUGUUUUUUAUUGUAUGUAUCAAAUAGCAUGGGCCGCGCAUCCGUCUUCCGUCCCGCAGUUCCGAUGCAUUGAAAGGAUAUAUUUUUAAUUAACGGAGUGCUUCUGAUGAUUCUUCCAGUGUCGUGCGUGUUCCUCGGUUCGUCUCAUUAUUUUAUUCGAGAGUAUAUUGACGAAGAAAGAUCGAAAGUUUAUUUUUUUACUCGUGUUCCUCAAUUAGAUCGUGGGAAAUGCCACACCCGUGGACGAAUGUAUUCCACGUUUCGCUAGUGAACAUGUAUUUUUGUCUCCGGCGGCAUUUCCCAUUUCAUAUAUUUUUCUAUCACAAAGUUAUACGUUAUACGAUUCGGUUCGUCUGUUACGUGCGUAAGACAAGCUUUAACGUUAAGUAUCUUAAAAAGUAGAAAAUUGUUACAAAUUGUAAAUUUGUUAUAGUUUAAGGAAUAUUAUUGAGAUUCAGCUUUCCCUACUUUCCCGUCGAACGUCCGCGCGGACUAGAUUUCAUUAUUGUUAUUAUAAUUAGGAAGAAGCGGAGAGCGGACGUCCGAUCUAUCGGAGCUCACCUGCACGUUGUUAUUGAAUUAUAUAAAUUAGUGCACAAAGUCGCUCAGGCCCGACGUAGCUCGUGACGUCACAGAUGACGAUAUUCUUGUACCCGUGUAUGAUUACAAUUUAAAAAUAUAUGUAUAGUACGUUGA